UUGGUAAUUCCUCCUAGUCUCCACGUGUCUCGAUCAUAUUAACAUUUGGACCAUCUUCGGUUAGGGGAUGUAGCUCAAACGGUAGAGCGCUCGCUUUGCAUGCGAGAGGUACGGGGUUCGAUACCCCGCAUCUCCAGGGUUCUCAGUAUCCAAUACCGGACUACCGGCAGAGUGACCACCCAAAAACAGCAAAAUGGAGGUGUUUCAAAUUGCUCAGUUGCUAAACAACACGCUUAAUCCCGAUGUCAACGUCGUUCGUACGGCUGCAGAAUCUCUGGAUCGCCUUUCUCUCCUCCCUCAGUUCCCCUACUCCCUCCUCUCUGUAGCCACUGGAGGUGAAACUCAAGGUCAAAGAGUUGCUGCUGCUACAUACCUUAAGAAUUUCACUAGGAGAAACAUCAAUAAUGAUGGUCCGAAUUCGAAAGUUAGUAAAGAGUUCAAGGAUCACCUUUUGCAAACUUCACUUCAAGUGGAGUCUGCAGUUCUAAAAGUCUUAGUUGAAGUGUUCCGAAUCAUUGUUGUUGCUGAGUUUGUUGAGAAGAAUUGUUGGCCUGAACUUGUACCUGAUCUGCGGUCUGCGAUUUCUAAUAGUAAUCUUAUUAACAAUAAUGCAAAUUGUCAGUGGAAUACUAUUAAUUCCCUCACACUUCUCCGAGCCCUUGUCAGACCUUUCCAGUAUUUUCUAAACCCUAAAGUUGCUAAGGAGCCGGUGCCACCGCAAUUAGAGCUAAUUACAAAAGAAAUUCUUGUACCUAUCUUAGCUGUUUUCCAUCAGCUCAUUGAUAAGGCAUUAUCCACCAACGGUAGGCCAGAUCUGGAAGUGGAGAAUUUCCUUCUCAUUAUAUGCAAAUCCAUACAUUUCACUGUUAGGUCACAUAUGCCAUCUGCACUAGUACCUUCUCUACCCUCAUUGUGCCGGAAUUUGACUGGACUUCUUGAUUCCUUGAGCUUUGAUCGCGGUGUUACUUCAGAAGAUGGGCACCGGCUAAGACUAAAGACUGGAAAAAGGAGUUUGCUCAUAUUUUCUGCUCUAGUUACCCGACAUCGCAAAUAUUCUGACAAGUUAAUGCCGGACAUCCUUAACUGUGCUCUGAGGAUUGCCAGAAACAGCACAUAUAUCAGUAGGCUUGAAUUCCUGUCAGAAAGAAUUAUCUCAUUAGCUUUUGACGUAAUUUCCCACAUCCUGGAGACAGGCCCGGGAUGGAGAUUGGUAUCACCCUACUUUUCAUCUUUGUUGGAUUCUGCAAUCUUCCCAGUGCUAGUGCUGAACGAGAAGGAUAUCUCAGAGUGGGAGGGAGAUGCAGAAGAGUACAUACGAAAGAAUCUUCCAUCAGAACUUGAAGAAAUUUCCGGAUGGAGGGAGGAUCUGUUUACAGCUAGGAAAAGUGCAAUAAAUCUACUUGGUGUUAUUUCAAUGUCGAAAGGACCUCCUACGGCAACCUCUCAUAAUGGUUCAGUCGCAUCCUCUAAGCGUAAGAAGGGUGAAAAGAACAAGAGAGAUAACCAGCGGUGUUCUAUGGGGGACUUGUUGGUCCUUCCAUAUUUGUCUAAGUUUCCCGUUCCCUCUGAUGCUGAUGCAUUGAAAGCAAGAAUCAUAAAUGAUUAUUUUGGGGUUCUAAUGGCAUAUGGUGGCCUGCAAGAUUUUCUAAAAGAGCAAAAACCUGGAUAUGUAACUCUUUUGGUUUGCAAUCGAUUGCUACCAUUGUAUACAGUGUCCUUAACCUCACCAUAUCUGGUUGCUGCUGCAAAUUGGGUUCUUGGGGAGCUAGCAUCCUGUCUAUCAGAAGAGAUGAAGGCAGAUGUGUAUUCCUCAUUGCUGAAGGCACUUGCAAUGCCGGAUAAUGAAGAUACUUCUUGCUAUCCUGUUCGGGUUUCUGCGGCUGGGGCAAUAGUUGAGCUUCUUGAAAAUGAAUAUCUACCGCCUGAGUGGCUUCCUCUUCUUCAAGUUGUGAUUAGUAGAAUAGAUAUUGAAGAGGAGGAGACUUCAGUUUUGUUUCAGCUUCUGAGCACUGUGGUGGAAGCUGGUGAUGAAAAUAUUGCAGAUCAUAUUCCAUACAUAGUUUCAUCAUUAGUUGGAGUACUCUUGAAGUUUAUGCAUCCUGGUCUGGAGUCAUGGCCUCAAGUGGUUGAAAGGGGCUUUGCAACAUUAGCAGUAAUGGCUCAGUCCUGGGAGAACUUCUUGCCUGAAGAGAUUGAACAGAUUGAAUCAAGUGAAAAACUGGCAUCUGGUCGAGCUGUCAUUGGUAAAGCUUUGUCGGCUUUGUUGCAAUGGACUUGGCUUGUGCCCUUGCAUCCAGCGGAGGAUCGAGAAGGUCAGAUUUCUCCAACUCCAACAUGUAUAGAUGAUUCAUCAACCCUGCUGCAUUCCAUUAUGCUUUCUGUUACCGGAAGUGAUGUAAUUCUACAACUUAAGCUAUCUGAGUUAUUGUUAGUUUGGGCUGAUCUGAUUGCUGACUGGCAUGCCUGGGAAGAAUCCGAAGAUCUAUCAAUCUUUGACUGCAUUAAGGAAGUUGUUAACCUAAACAGUAAGUAUGGGCUGAAGAAUUUCAUCACUAGACAGAUGCCUUCACCUCCUUCUCCGCCUGUGCCACCACAAUCUAUUAUUGAAGGCAUUGGUGCUUUUGUUAGCGAGGCCAUUCUACAGUAUCCAUCUGCAACAUGGAGGGCUUGCUCGUGUGUCCAUAUGCUACUACAUGUCCCAUGUUACCCAACUGAAACAGAAGUGAAGCAGUCACUAACAAUUUCUUUUUGUCAAGCUGCAUUUUCUCAUUUCAAGGAAAUUCAAAGCAAGCCUUGUUCGCUCUGGAAGCCUUUGCUGCUUGUUAUAUCAUCAUGCUAUUUGAGUUGUCCUGAUAUUGUGGAGGGGAUUUUGGAGAAAGAUGUGAAGGGAGGCUUUGCAAUUUGGGGAUCUGCACUUGCAUCUGUCUGCACUGGUUCUUCUGAACGUGGUCUGGUGGAAAAAUCUGAGAUAAAGUUGGCAGUCAUGACACUAGCAAAGAUAACUGAGCGGCUUUUAGGACAAGAGAAUUCAGGUGGUUGUUCGUUAGGUGAUUGCUUUAAUUCAUUGAUGGAGGCAUCAGUACGGGUGAAAGAAGUGCAAGAAGAAACGAAAGAGGAAGAAAGCAAUGCAGAAGCUGAAGAUGAUGAAGAAGAAGAUGAAGAUGACUAUGAUGAUGAGGAUUCUGAGGAUGAUGAACGUGAAGAAACUGAAGAAGAGUUUCUAGAAAGAUAUGCAAAAGCAGCAGUGGCCUUGGAUAAUGGAAUAGAUGUUGAAGAGGGGGAUUUGGAAGAUCAAGAUCAUGAUAUUGAAUUGGGUAUUUUGGAAGAAGUAGAUGAGAAGAGAAUUAUAUAUUCAUUGAUAGAAAGAUAUCAUUUUGUCAUACGGGAGCAGGCAUUGUCACCGCUGAUCAUCUCCAAUUUCCUGCUUGCCUUUCCAGAGUGUAAUCGUUUCUUCCAGAAAUAGAGACAUACAUGAUUUCUUUAAGGUCUAUGCAAGAGAAAGAAGAAUGCAUGCAACUUUAGUUAUUGUUUCAAUUAACCUGACAUUUAAGUGGUCUUGGUAUGUCCAUCAUGAAUUCUGGAAAUGAUAUUUAGUUUUGAUUUUUCUUUCUGCAA